CCAAAGGAGGCCCAAGAGGGCCCCAAGAUGCCCCAAUAUUGUUCCGUAGUCUUUUGGCUCAAACCAUUUUGAGUCAAACAAGUUGUGCUCAGGGCUACAGUUUGGCUUAAGCUUACUUGCUCGAGGCAGGCUUCAUUGUCUAUCCCGCUUUACAUCUCCGCUCUUCGCCCUUCGCGCAACCAUGGCCUUCAUGGCGAGAGCUCUUUCGCUCGCGGGCCUGUUGACUACCGUGACAGCUGUGGAAUACAAAGAGGUUGCGACACCAGCAUCCGGAGAAACUAGUUCUACGUGCGCGCAACUCGCUACAGCCGGCGAGUGGCAAAAUCCGACGGAGGCCGAGUGCAGGCAGUAUGUCGCGGGGGUUGAGGGGGCCACGUUUGAUGAGACAGGCGACGGUGGAAGCGCUAAUCUCCCAUGCGGGUGCACCGCCGGCAACGUCCCCAUGAACACAUACUUUUAUAAGCCAUGUGGAGCGGGAGUAUCAACGACAAGCCCGGAGUACCAUCACAUCUGCAUCAAGACCGUCAGUUGCAAGACCAUGACCUGCCUUGAAAGGUUCGUGUAUUGGUGCCAGCAGAGCAAUGUCGGCUUCGGCUCCAACAAUAAUGAGGCGCCCGCGAACUCUCCGAAGGACGUGCUCGUUGAGGAGUGCCCCGACUGCAAUGGCGCCGCCAACACGGACACUUGCCCAACACGGACACUUGCCCAACCCUUGACACUUGCCGCUCCGGAGGCGGAGUCGACCUCGGAGCUCGACAAGACGUCCGUUGCGGUGUCAGUGCCGCUCGGAUUGGUGUCCGCUCUCGUCGCUAUGGGUGCGGUCGUUGGUAUCUCCCGCAGCCGCGCGUCCGACCAGCCAGUGCUCGUGGAGGACGAGCACGAUUUGCUGCGCGAAUGAACGAGUACGCCUGUGGCAGCAGCUGAGGACCAGAGGACAGAGCUCACCGAGUCCUGUAUGCUUUUCUGAGAUGCCUCCCCGCCUGCCGUUCGCAAUCGCUUUGCGCCAGCUCAGCGAUCAAAGUUGCGUACCUCUCUCUCUCACGCUCUCUCAUGCGAAAAACCCUACAUCCUGCUUACCUCCUCCCGACGUCCCCGCAGCCCUGGUUCUGUAUAUGGUAGCUGCUCUGCGUGGACUCCAGGUUCGGAGGGAAGCGGUGCUCUGGAGCCGCUCGGAUCGCAGUGAGGAGACCAAUCUUCUGCAGGCUCACGGGAACUCGGGGCUCCCCCUCACUUCAACUUGAGUUUGAAGUCUCACGGUCGCAAGUCGCGAUAAACUUCGCUCCAUUUUUUAUGACAAGUCACCCCCAGCGCAAGAGGCACC